AACCCUUUUUGUAUUGCCGAGCCCACUCGAAGGCUGAAACUCUUGCAAACCGACACCAUGGGUUCCAUAGACACGCCGACGAUUUCGGAGAAUGGUUCAACACAAUCCCACGCCACUGUAGAGCCGGUCGGCGACGACCAGAAGCCUUUGGCCUCCUCUAACGGAGCGCCGGAGAAAAUGACACCGGAGCCUGAGGCAACGAAAAAGAGGAGGUCGAGUAUACUCCCUCUAGAGGUUGGUACUCGCGUGAUGUGCCGCUGGAGGGACGGCAAGUUUCAUCCUGUCAAAGUUAUCGAACGCCGCAAGAUGCAUUUUUCUGAGCCGAAUGAUUACGAAUAUUACGUUCAUUACACCGAGUUUAAUAGGAGGCUAGAUGAAUGGGUGAAGCUUCAACAACUUGAUCUUGAUUCCGUGGAAACAGUUGUUGAUGUUAAGGUUGAGGACAAGGUUACAAGCUUAAAAAUGACACGCCACCAGAAACGUAAGAUUGAUGAGACACUCGUCGACGUAGGUCAUGAGGAGCUAGAUGCUGCUAGCUUGCGUGAGCAUGAGGAAUUCACAAAGGUGAAAAAUAUUUCGACUAUAGAACUUGGAAGAUACGAAAUUGAGACAUGGUACUUUUCCCCCUUUCCACCAGAAUAUAAUGAUUCAUUGAAGUUGUACUUUUGUGAGUUUUGCCUCAACUUCAUGAAACGCAAAGAGCAACUUCAAAGGCAUAUGAGGAAGUGUGAUUUGAAGCAUCUCCCUGGGGACGAAAUAUAUCGAAGUGGUACACUGUCAAUGUUUGAGGUUGAUGGAAAAAAGAACAAAGUUUAUGGGCAGAAUCUUUGUUAUUUGGCGAAGUUGUUCCUUGACCACAAGACCCUUUAUUACGAUGUUGACCUGUUUUUAUUCUAUGUUUUGUGUGAAUGUGAUGAUCGAGGUUGCCAUAUGGUUGGAUACUUUUCCAAGGAAAAGCAUUCAGAGGAAUCCUAUAAUUUGGCAUGUAUCCUCACCCUUCCUCCAUAUCAAAGGAAAGGCUAUGGAAAGUUUUUGAUUGCAUUUUCAUAUGAACUCUCAAAGAAAGAAGGUAAAGUUGGCACACCUGAAAAACCACUUUCUGACCUAGGUCUGUUGAGCUACAGAGGGUACUGGACAAGGGUUCUUUUAGACAUCUUGAAAAAGCAUAAAGGAAGUAUUUCCAUCAAGGAACUUAGUGACAUGACAGCCAUAAAGGCCGAGGAUAUAUUGACUACUCUUCAAAGUCUAGAACUGAUACAAUACAGGAAGGGGCAGCAUGUUAUAUGUGCCGAUCCCAAGGUGUUGGAUCGUCAUCUAAAAGCUGCAGGGCGUGGUGGUCUUGAGGUUGAUGUUAGCAAGCUAAUCUGGACACCGUAUAAAGAACAGAGUUAAAGCUACAUGCCUUUCGAGUUUAUCUAGGUUACCUGGCAAUUGUAACUUCUUGUGCUUGUAUAAA